GACCAGGCGAAAACCGGAAAUUAAAUCUGCAACGCGGAACCAAAGUGGAAGAGGAAGCAGAGCCACAACCACAACCGCAGCAAAAUCCGAAGAAAGUCGACGGAAAGCGCGUGCCAAAUAUUUGCUCGCAAAAUACCAGAAUAAAAUAAUAAUCAAAGGCGCUUCCACAAAAAACAAGAAAACAAGAAAAGAGUCAAAUUGAGAGAUUCUAGUCUCUUUGGAGAUAGUUUAAAGCGUCCCAUGAAAGCUGCUGCAUUGCACUGAGAAGGUGUGGGUGAAGGAGUACGGACUUCUGGGAGACCAUCGUCGUCCAUUGUUGAGCUCUGACCCACACGGCGGCGCAUUGUCUCGGUCUAUUGUGCUAAUCAUCGCCAGUUGGGAGCACCGGGCGCUGGUGCCCUGGCCAACUAUUUAGCCAAGGUGACGAGGCGGGGACGGCCAACCACUUCAAGGCAGCUCAACCACACCAACGCCCACUGUGAAAGGAGGCGGCGGAUCGGGCGGAGGACCAGGAGCCGCAGUCGGAGCAGGAGCAGGAGCAGGAGCAGAAGGUGUAGCAGGGGCGGGGUAGCCAUUCAACCCGAGAGCCACGCGAUACAAACAAGCCAAGGACAUGGACUCCCCGCUGCCAGCGUCGCUGUCGCUGUUUGUCCUGUUGAUCUUUCUGGCGAUAAUUAAAGAAAGCUGUCAAGGACCCCAUGAAAAGCGCCUGCUGAACCACCUGCUGUCCACCUACAACACGCUGGAGCGACCCGUGGCCAACGAAUCGGAGCCCCUGGAGGUCAAGUUCGGACUGACGCUGCAGCAGAUCAUCGACGUGGAUGAAAAGAAUCAGAUUCUGACCACAAAUGCGUGGUUAAAUUUGGAGUGGAACGACUACAAUCUGCGCUGGAAUGAAACGGAAUACGGCGGGGUCAAGGACCUGCGAAUCACGCCCAACAAGCUGUGGAAGCCCGACGUGCUCAUGUACAACAGCGCGGAUGAGGGAUUCGAUGGCACGUAUCACACCAACAUUGUGGUCAAACAUAACGGCAGUUGUCUGUACGUGCCCCCUGGUAUCUUCAAGAGCACAUGCAAGAUAGACAUCACGUGGUUCCCAUUUGAUGACCAACAUUGCGAAAUGAAAUUCGGUAGUUGGACUUACGAUGGAAAUCAGUUGGAUUUGGUUUUGAAUUCCGAAGAUGGAGGGGAUCUUUCCGAUUUCAUAACAAAUGGCGAGUGGUACUUGCUUGCCAUGCCGGGAAAGAAGAAUACGAUAGUCUACGCCUGCUGCCCAGAACCAUAUGUCGAUAUCACCUUUACUAUACAAAUUCGUCGCCGUACAUUAUAUUAUUUUUUCAAUUUAAUCGUGCCAUGUGUGCUAAUCUCAUCGAUGGCCCUACUGGGCUUCACAUUGCCGCCGGAUUCGGGCGAGAAACUGACGCUGGGCGUAACUAUACUACUAUCAUUAACAGUAUUUCUAAACCUUGUCGCCGAGUCCAUGCCGACAACGUCGGAUGCUGUUCCUCUUAUAGGAGUUACAAUUCUUCUAUCGCUCACAGUGUUUCUCAACCUUGUAGCUGAGACAUUGCCCCAAGUAUCUGAUGCAAUCCCCUUGUUAGGCACCUACUUCAAUUGCAUCAUGUUCAUGGUCGCAUCGUCGGUGGUGCUGACAGUAGUGGUGCUCAACUACCACCAUCGCACAGCGGACAUUCACGAGAUGCCACCGUGGAUCAAGUCCGUUUUCCUACAAUGGCUGCCCUGGAUCUUGCGAAUGGGUCGACCCGGCCGCAAGAUCACACGCAAAACAAUACUAUUAAGCAAUCGCAUGAAGGAGCUGGAACUGAAGGAGCGCUCCUCCAAGUCGCUGCUGGCCAAUGUCCUCGACAUCGACGACGACUUCCGGCACACAAUAUCUGGCUCCCAGACCGCCAUUGGCUCGUCGGCCAGCUUCGGUCGGCCCACAACGGUGGAGGAGCACCACACGGCCAUCGGCUGCAAUCACAAAGAUCUUCAUCUAAUUCUCAAAGAAUUGCAAUUUAUUACGGCGCGGAUGCGCAAAGCUGACGACGAAGCGGAAUUGAUCGGCGAUUGGAAGUUCGCGGCAAUGGUUGUGGAUAGAUUUUGUUUAAUUGUUUUCACGCUCUUCACGAUUAUUGCAACGGUUACGGUGCUGCUCUCCGCUCCGCACAUAAUCGUGCAAUAAGGACGCUCGAAUUAGGCCAUUAAGCUACGGAUACGUCGGAAGCAUCGGCAGACGGGAGAUGCCUAGUUAAGUUCUUUUUCAAAAACCAAAAACUAGCAAAGCUGCUUCAAAACAAAGCAAACAAACAACAAAGAAAACUACAAAAAAAAAAUAAAACCAAAAAAUUGUUAAUUACAUUUUUAAGUAAAGACAAAGAGCAAAACGAAAAUGUUGCAAGAAAAAAAAAACAAAAAAGAAACCAAACAAAAUCAUGUACUAAAAAAUAUUUUAUGGACAAACCAAACAAAAAAGCAAAAAUUACUGCCGUACAAGAACCGAAAAAGUGUUAAGUAAGCUACACACACACACACAAAAUUAUAAGAGUUAAGCAAACAACAAUUCGGUUAGGGAUAGCGUAAAAAAAGAAGCAGCAGGACGAAAAGGACAACAAGGAAACAUCGCGGGACAGGACACUCAAAAGUUACAUGACACAGACACACUCACAUACAUCUAGGUAAUUGUAUGUACAAUAACAGAGUUAUAAGUUAAUUAAUAUGCUCAGUUGUUAUAAUUUAUGUAAGGUGAGCAGACGACACACAAACACACAGACACAGCUACACCUAAGAUAUAUGAUAUAUGUAUAAGAUAUUGUUCCUAUGAGACAUUAGAUAUGUAUUUAAAAUGGCAACACACUCACGUACAGAUGAGACACACCGACACUGAAGCACUUAAUUGACAAAUGCAAAAACAAGGGAAUGAAACCAUUUAUUCGCAGGAAAGGACGAAAACAGGAUAGGCACAUAAGGACAGUUGAGGGAUUGAGGGGUAAAAGUUACGGUCUGAUGACCCUUUGUUGUCUGCAUUUUUGAGCUCUAAUAUUUUCGCUUUCGGUUUUCAUUUCGGGAUCACGUGGACCAACACUAUUUUGUUUGAUUUCCUUCAUUCCAGUUUGCAAACAAAAUAUGAUCCCAGUGAAGAAACCCUUGCGAAAUCCCAUUUGAUUACAUACUCACUUCGGUUUUACUUUUACAUCUUUUGGAACGCUUUUGGAGAGAUAUUUGCAAGAUAGCUGAUUGUAAAUGGUAACAAACUGACACAUAAUAAUGGAUAUAAACAAAGGUCUAUAUAUACAUACAUAUACUCAUAGUGAAUUGAAUUAAUUUUUAAAAGACGCAUUCACGAACACGGGGAAGGGGAAGCAUGUUCGUUGAACAUCAUGUUUUUAGAAAAUUUAUUGUUGAAAUAUUGUAGCGAAUUGAGUAAGCAUUAAGGGCGAAUGAAACCGAGUUAUGGUCACCAAUUAAUUAGUCAAAGUAAUAAUAAACGGAAAUUGAAAACCAGAGAUCCCAAAACCGAACUAGCAAUACAAGAACAACAGGUGUAUAUAUAUUUUAUGACACAUAUAUCACCGCAUAUAUACAUACACAUAUAUAUAAAUAUAUAUAUAUGGAUAUAUUUUUAAUAAAACAAUACGGAAUCGAGCAAAACUAAAGACACUAAGCAAAAGAAGCUAAGCAGCGCAAGAACAGAAACCCACUAAGCAAAACCCAUAAAAACCAACCAACCGAUCCUAACAAAAUGCCACUCGAAAUCACAAGAUAAAAUCACAAUUUUGUUGGAAAUUUCGCAUAGUUUUCGGAUGAGUUCUCUUUGUCUAUAUCUAUGUACUCACGUAUACCCCUGUGUAUUCCUAGAAACGAGCUUCGAAUUUUGUCUACUUUACUCUGCUCUCCCCCCAAAAAAAGAAACACAAAGCAAAACAGUGAUAUUUACGGUAUAGCCCCCAAAAAGACGAACUCAAACACUCUUUCCGGAACCCACCUAAGAAACCUUGAAACGUGAAUGUUUUCUACACAAAAACCAAAAUCAAUGAAAAACCUACCUCCUUGUCGAAUGAGAACGAUAAUGAUCGAAGGACGAUGAAGCAUAGAAACACUGCCGAGUUAAUCGCACUCCCCACUCCCCUCGUCAAAAAAAAAAACGAACCCAUUUUCUUAUUUUCGUCCUGCCAAAGAGAAUUUCUAACAGAAUUGUGUGACGAGCAACCACUUUUGAUAGCCAGACGUAAAGUUUACUUAACGGAUAAACCAGAUCGGCCCUAUACAUAGCCACUAUGCCCGAUGUCAAAAUUUCAGAAUGUCAGAUUGUCAGAAGGAAUCCAAUCGAGUGCUUAAAUCAACUGAAGGAACUGCAGAUCAGAUUUAAGCGUUUAAUGUGUAUACACUCACUUUGUAUGGUUUAUUUGCAUUUAGGUACAUUUAAAUUUAGAUUUGAUAUGAGACGACUUUUACUUGCGCCCAGAGCGAUGGGUAAUCCUACCGAAAACUGCUCUGUCCCCAUGAGGUUGUUGUUUUUCGAGGUGCGAAUUCCAGUUGAAAUUGAGAUCUUGAGUUGAAGUUUCACAAUCAGAAUCAGAAUAAGAAUAAGAUGUGGAGAGAUAGAGAGAGUUGCGGAGGGUGUGUGCAUUUUAAAUUUAAUUUUUUUAUAAUUAAUUUAGUGCUAAUCUUUGAGCAGCUAGGCGCAUAAUUAGAACUACGUAUAUGUGUAUGGAUGUCUUUUUGAUAAAAAGAAGCUGUUUUAAGAAGCAAACCAUUUUCUACACUCUUUAAAAGAUUGAACUCUACAUGUACGAGAUUAUGUAUAAUACAAGUAAUAAUAAUUUAGCGUUAACUAGGCAAUUAUAAAAUGCGGUGACCUGCAAAAGGAGCCAUAAACUAAGCGUCCUACAUUAGGAGAGGUCGACCUUCGACCUCAGCGAUUACCAGAGAUAAAGUUAAUGCGAUAGUGCAGUUGCGAGAGGGAAGGCGAAAACUAAAACGAUAAACGAAUUUAAAAUUGAUAAUGAAAAUGAAAUUACCACUAAACCAAACUUGUAGCAAGGCCAAGAGCUUUUUCAUUUGAAAACUCUACUACUCACUUACGACUUACCUACUUUGCAAGUAUUAACUAAUUUCCUCUGAUCAGAGUUACACGCAAUCGCGAAAUGCAAAAAGCUAAUUACAAAACGGUUGGUACACGCCCAAAACACACACAGUCAGACAUGGAAAAUGAAAAAUGAAAGCAUUCGAAUUGUUCGUAUUACAAACAAAAAAUAAAAAAUAAAGAAAUCAGCAAACCGAAGAGUUCGAGUUUCGUUUCAAUUGCACUCCGCAUGUUCUCAAACCCCCCAGGGCAAUUAAACAGAGUUCCACAAUAAAUAGCGCAUUAAAAACCGAUUCGAGAAAUACUUUUUUAAACAAGGCAAAUAUAUUUAAAAUUAGCAUUUAACUAAACGACAACAAAAACUUAGUCUAUAAACCGCGAAUGUUUAGCACUAAACUGACCCGAGCAGAAAUCUGCCAGCCAACCCGAAUCCAAAUCCAAGACUCCGCCUGUGUCCCAAGUCUAACUACCACAUCAAUUUAAAUAGCUAAUUGCAUAAUUAUUAAACCGUUACUGAAUUUCUGUCGAUUGCCAAUCGCGAAAAAGAAAACCAUAAAAUCUUCCCGAAUAUUAUGCAUGUAAAAAAGGAAAUGGCUAAGUCAAAAACCAAAAAAAUUAGCAAAAAGUCUGUUGUCGAUAAGAAUUAUUGGCAGACAAAUAACUUUCGUCACAUUGACGAUAAUAAAUAAUUUUAAGUGAAAAACCAAGGAAUUAAUUGAUUUAAAUAAUAAACAAAUUAAUAUUAAAA